UUGAAAACAAGUCAACAGAUGGAAGUUAUAAAUAUAACAGCUGGCGUAGGCUUUGGCCAUAAUUUAACUUUGCACGUUGUCGAUGACAGUGUCACGUGGUAUACAGCGAAGGAAGCAUGUCAGAGCGAGAUAUCCGGGAGUGAUUUUUCCAUGUGUGGAUACGAUUGUUCUGUAUACACAGCCCUGAAACUUGAUCGUUUGAAUUGGCUAACAGACAAACUUGUAUGGAUAGGUCGUAUAAAGGAAAGAGACGAUAAAGUAUAUAAAUCUGAUAAGUGUAAGGAAGACCUGUCACUGACGUCUAUUGUUAAUCAGAUAUCGGGGAUAGAGGGUCAGACGAAAUGUAUUGUACUUAACACAUCAUCCCCGACGUAUUCUUCUGGAGUGUAUGGAGUCGACGAUUGUGACAACAAACACCCUUACUUAUGUUAUCACAAAAAAUCAGGUAAAUUCUUAUUAUUACUUAUGUUAUCACGGAGAAACAGGUAUAUUCUUAUUCUUACAUAUGUUAUCAAAGAAAAAUAG